CGGCUCUCUUUCUUUUGCUCUCUCCCAUCCAGUCUGUCUGACUGUGUUGUAUGAUAUACUGAAGAACCGGGGAAUAUUAACCAUUAUCCUGGAGGACAAGUAUAUCACCUUUUUCUGCAUGUAUUCUAUAGGACCUGCUAGUAGUUGGUACACUAAUUUGAAGAUUUUUUUUAAAGUAUCAAAGGACACAGGUAAGCACUGACUUGUGCUCAGACAGACUGGACAGCUUCACUACAGCAUCACAGAAACUAAAAUUGAAUGAAUGAAGAUUUAGGAUACACGCUACAAUCAUAGGGAUUUCUGUAGGAUAUCUUUUGUCAUUGUGAAGAAGAAAGGCAUACCCUCAUGCUGUCCCAAACGUAUUGUUUACAGAGUUUGACCUUGAAGACCUUGCUCUUUGGACUGUUGAACCUUAUAUAGACCAAAAUGGAGCUACAGAAAAUGUCAAACGGUCACCAUGAUCUCAGCCCUGAAAAAAUCACUAUGGAGAAUGGAUUUGAUGCCUUUGAAAACAUGACUGAGCCGGGUGAUACAUUCCUUACCAGUGAGAUCAAUGGAACGAUAAAUACUCAGUUUACAGAUUUUGUGGGAAAGACUUCAUUCGGAAUGUCUAUUUUCAACCUUAGUAAUGCCAUUAUGGGCAGUGGAAUUCUGGGACUGGCUUAUGCCAUGGCCAACACCGGAAUCAUUCUUUUUGUAGCCCUAUUAAUAAUAAUUGCUCUGCUGUCUGCUUACUCCAUUCACCUUCUUCUAAAGAGUGCAGGAGUUGUUGGGAUUCGUGCAUAUGAACAGCUUGGGUACCGUGCAUUUGGUCACCCUGGGAAAGUCUUAGCAGCAUGCAUUAUAACAUUGCAUAACGUUGGAGCAAUGUCCAGUUACCUCUUCAUAGUGAAGAUAGAGUUACCUCAUAUUAUUCAGAGUUUUAUGGAGAUACCAGACAACAACGGGUGGUAUGCUAACGGGAAGUACCUCAUCAUCAUUGUUAGUGUCUGUGUCAUUCUUCCAUUGGCAUUCAUGAAAAGGCUUGGGUAUCUGGGAUACACCAGUGGCUUCUCCCUCAGCUGCAUGGUCUUCUUCCUCAUAUCUGUGAUCUACAAGAAGUUUGUCACAGAGUGUUCUCAAGAACACAGCUAUAACGACACUAUGCUCAACCAAAUUAUGUUUGACCAAACCAUAUCCAACUCCACCUCUGAAAUAUGUGAAGCUAAACUUGUCACUAUCAACCCACAGACGGCUUUUACCAUUCCCAUUAUGGCAUUUGCAUUUGUAUGCCACCCUGAAGUGCUGCCCAUCUACACAGAACUCAAAAAGCCAACUAAGCAACGCAUGCAAAAUGUCGCUAAUAUCUCUAUUCUGGCCAUGUUUGUCAUGUACCUGCUGACUGCCAUCUUUGGUUACCUCACCUUCUAUGAAAGUACAGAUUCAGAGCUUCUGGAGAUGUACAGCAAAACAGACACACUGAUGCUGUGUGUUCGGCUGGCUGUGCUGGUGGCAGUGACACUGACCGUCCCUGUUGUCCUCUUUCCGAUUCGCCGUGCUGUCCUGCAGCUUUUGUUUCCUGAUGAGCCCUUCCACUGGAUGCGUCACAUUUUCAUUGCUGUGUGUCUCCUCUUCAUCGUCAACCUGCUUGUCAUCUUCGUGCCCAACAUUCGUGACAUCUUCGGCUUUAUCGGUGCCACAUCUGCUCCCAGCCUAAUUUUCAUUCUGCCAGGAUUAUUUUACAUCCGCAUCAUCCCUGAAGAACAAGAGCCGUUGAAAUCACCACCAAAGAUCAAGGUGAUUGCAUUUGUGACACUGGGUUUCAUCUUCAUGAUUAUGAGCAUUACAUUCAUAGUAGUGGAGUGGGUGACAGGAAGGAAGACCAUGGGUGGCCACUAACAGAGCUGAGAGAACCUGAAGACUAGAUUCUAAUGCAGAACACACACACCACAAAAAACUGUAACUUCUAAACCAGUGCAGCCACUGCAACCCUCUAUAAAUAUCUGUCAGAUCUGUGGAGCAGUGGUUGUGCAUAAAGUAAUGAUGCAUAAGAGCGGUGCAUCUAAAAUCAAUUUUGACAUGACGGAUAUCAAAUCAGGCAACGCUUAAUUUCAAUGAAUCCAGAACAAGAUGUUCCUCAAGGAAGCUAGUUACCAGGCUUAACCAUCCAAAGUGGCAGCAAUGCAGAAGCUCUUGACACGUAAGUGCCAUGAUGUUCGUGCAUGUGAUGCAGGACUGCGUCAUGCCCCCUGUCUUUACCCAAUAAUUUAAUGUUGCUAUUUAAAAAAAAACAUUUAACAAUUUUUCCUCAUCACUGCACCAAUAAGAAGCCCAAUAAAUAUAUACAGUACUGCGCAAAAGUCUCAGGCACAUAAGAUGUUUCACAAAAACAUCUUAAGUGUUUUAAUCAGCUUUAGUGUGUCAGUAAUAAAUAUACAUUUUAGACUCCCAUACAUUCCUUUUACAAACAGAAUAGAAUAGAAGAACAGGGAGCCCUGCAACAGAUGGCAUGGCCCCCACAGAGCCCCCCACUAAACAUCGAGUCAAUCUGGGAUUAAAUAAAGAGACAGAAGCAAUUGAGACAGCCUAAAUAUAUAGAAGAACUGUGGCAAAUUCUCCAAGAAGCUUGGAACAUCCUAUCUGCCAACAACCAAGAAAAACUGUGUCCAGGUGUACCUAGGAGAAUUGGUGCUGUUUUAAAGGCAAAGGUGGUCACACCGAAUAUUGAUUUAGCUUUUUAUGUUUACUAGACUUUGUAUGACGUUAAUUGAUAAAUGAAAACCAUCUAUGGCAUAAUUUUUGAAGACAUCCUCACUAUGCAACAUUUUUCACAAGUGCCUAAAACGUUUGCACAGUACUGUAUAUAUAAAGCUGGUUUUAACUUUGCAGUUAUUGGUGUUACCUAACAACACUGAAAAUGUGAAAAAAAUGAACUCAUUGCCAAAGUUGUAAAUAUUAUCCCAUUUUUUGCUACCUCUGAGGAAAUAGAGUAGUUUAAUAGUGACCGUUACAUUUUUUUUUUCGUUUUUUUUUUUUUUUUAUAAUCCUCAAAUAUAUUAUAUUAUUUAAAUAGGAAAAUGUACAGUUUUAUGAUGAAUUUCAGCAUUAUCCUUCAGGACAAUCUUUAAAGAACCUAAAAUAAUAAUGUUAUGUUUUGCUACACCCAUUAAACAAAUAAAACGUACAGAAUGAGGGAGUCUUAUGUUACACACCAGCAGUAUUUAGUACAACUGCCAUCUUAGGCUAUACAGUAUAUUUACUCUGUUUUAAAGAGGAGGCUGAAAGUAAUGUCUAAAUAGUAAUUCUCUUGUAUUCAAGACAAACAAAACACUUUUUGGCAGUUUUUUUUAAAUAUUUUUAUGUUGUGUGUCAUUUUAUAUGGUGGAAAUAUAUUUUAAACACCUUCAAAAUGUAGGAUACUUUUAACACACUUGAAAAUGGUUUGUUUCUGGUUUGCAUAGUGUUAUUUUAUGUUUUAGUGUCAUUAAAAUUCCACUCCAGAAAUGAACCAGACAAUAAUGAAUGCUGGGAAACACGUCAUGUAAAGGUUCCCAGAAAAUUGUGUGGGCAAAUAGCCAUAAGCUAUAGUGUUCAUACUAUAUGACCAUAUCUGUCUCUCUUCAUCAGUAUCUGUGAGUUUUUACAUACAAUCAGGGCCGGUCAACCCAUUAGGCGACAUAGGCGUGUGCCUAGGGCGGCAUCGCUUGGGGGGUGCGGCGGGUGCCAAUCUACCGAGCCAGUUUUAGCAUGUGUCCAAUCUGUGUCUAACAAAAUGUGCCCUGUGCGUUCCGAUAGCGUGUUGUGGCGCCCCCCACGGAACUUAUAGACAGUGUACUUGCCUUACUACCAUACUACUCUUACUGUUUCUGUCAUAUCUGUGUUUGGCAAAAACAGUGAGAGAAGUAUGGAUAGUAUGCCAUUGUGAACAUGGCCAUAGACUUGCACGGGGCUCUUGAAUCCGAGUGAUGCCCGAUGGACGCGUGAAAUAAAUCUAUGUUUUGAGUUGGUUCUUCUCAAUUCUUUUAUCAAAAGUAUGGGCUGAAUCGUUUGAAGCGCUUUGUCACGCAGUAAAACAUGCUUUAGAAGACAGAAGACAAAAACAAUGCUGAAUGAAGUGGAUAUUUACUUACAAUUCACUGAAACAAAACCUGCAGCUACAUUCAACCGUCAUGUGCGAGUGCAGUAUGUGAACGAUUGUCUACUGCAUGUAAAGACAUUUUCUAAAUAAAAGUGUAUCAAAACACUAACAUUACAUGAAAGCUCUUAAAAGUACCAAAAAUGACAAAGCCCAUACCAUGUUUAUUGGACAUGUUCUUUUGAGUUGCCUACCAUAUAAAUACCAUAAUAUAUUAUAAAAAAUACCACGGUUUUACCAUAUUGUACCAUCACUGUACCAUGAUACUGCCACAGCAGGCUUUUGAGAAAGAUCAGUUUGAUAAACUUCUUCUUCUGCUGUGUCCUAAUGUGAAAAGGUGUCAGUAUGUUUUUAGUCCAUAGUUUCAUUAAUGCUAUACAAUAUUCUGUAUGUAGGCUACUAAAGAAAAUGUUCAAAUGAUGCUGUUAAUAUAACCACAAAUUAAUGCUUUGGUGCUGUUACUGCAAUAAAAUCAAAUAAAUAAAUAAAUAAAAACAUAAAAUCUCCCAAGGAAGCAUGCCCCCAGACCCCCUUAGAACAUCAUGGUGUACUUGUUGGGCCCCAGGCUCCCCAGUAAUGAUGAAAGCCUACAAAUGUCCCUGCUGUGAAACAUACUGUACAGUGUGCACAGAUCUUCUGGGCAGUCCUUUGCUUUUUUUUUCUUUCCUUUAUUUAUUUUAUUUAUUUAUUUAUUUGUUUUGUUUUUUGAACAUCUUAGACCACUUGGUUUGGUUUUCGUGCAUUUACAUUAAGGAUAUUUCUUUCUUUUUUUUUUUUUUCUCUACAAUUUGGAAUGCCCAAGAGGCGUAGUGACUCGCUUCAAUCCGGGUGGCGGAGGACGAAUCUCAGUUGCCUCCAUGUCUGAGACCGUCAAUCUGUGCAUCUUAUCACGUGGCUUGUUGAGCGUGUUACCACGGAGACGUAGCGCGUGUGGAGGCUCACGCUAUUUUCCGCAGCAUCCACACACAACUUACCAUGCGCCCCACAGAGAGCGAGAACCACAUUAUAGCAAUAUUUAGGAGGUUACCCCAUGUGACUCUACCCUCCCUAGCAACCAGGCCAAUUUGGUUGUUUAGGAGACCUGGCUGGAGUCACUCAGCACGCCCUGGGUUUCGAACUAGCGACUCCAGGGGUGGUAGUCAGUGUCAAUACUUGCUGAGCUACCCAGGCCCCCCACAUUAAGUUCAUUUCUAUAUAUGGUGAUACCAAUUUAUGAUGCCUACUUAAGAAGCCAUAACUUAGUAGUGUUUAUUCCCAACAUUGUUUUUAUUAAUUUUUUGCCAGAUUCAGUUUAUACCCAUUUCUGAUAUAUUUAACUAGAAAUUAAUUUGUACUUUUUUUGUGUAAAAAUGAAUACAUUCAUUUUUAGCACGUGACUGGGGGGUGACUGGUGGGUCUUGCCUAGGGUGCCAAUUGGUGUAGGACCGGCACUGCAUACAAGGAAGAAAAGUUGCCCGUUUGGCCUAAAAGGAAUAUUCCAGGUUCAGUAUAAGUUAAGCUCAAUUGACAUUGACUCAAUUAAGCAUUUGUGGUAUAAUGUUGAUUAUCACAAAAAUUAAUUUUGACUCGUCCCUCCUUUUCUCUAAAAAAAUAAAUAAAAAUGGAGGUUACAGUGAGUUACUUAUAAUGCAAGUGAAUGGAGUCAAUUUUUGGAGGGUUUAAAGGCAGAAAUGUGAAGCUUAUAAUUUUAUAAAAGCACUUACAUUCAUUCUUCUGUUAAAACGUGUGUUAUUUGAGCUGUAAAUUGUUGUUUUUACAGUCGUUUCAGGGUUUUAGGGUUAUGGCAUUACAUCGUCAUGGCAACAGAGUUGUAAAACUGGAUAUAACUUUACACAGAAAAGGUUACUAAGCAAUUUUUUUACACUAAAAUCAUGUUACCACACAUAUUGUUUACAUCGUAUUGCUAUACUUUUAAAACAGUUAAGUAUUUUAAUGUAAACGGAUUGGCCCCAUUCACUUUUAUUGUAAGUGCCUCACUUACAAACCCAGAUUUGUUCUUUUUUUUGUUUUUUGUUUUUUAAAGAAAAAAAAAGAUGAGUUGAGCUUAACUUGUAUUGAACCCAGAAUACUCCUUUAAAACUACAUUUUUAUUUUCAGGUUUGUGCUUUUGUAUACUCUUUUAUGUACAUGUGAUAUGGUGAACAAACUUUCUAUGAAUUAUGCUACAUGUACAUCUGUUUGUCAUUAUAUGUGCAUAUUUUAAUUUUAUUUGGCUCCAAUUGGACCUGAAUGUUGUGAGAAAUAUGAAAUAUGUCAUUCUUAAUGGAGAAAUAAUUUGUGCAAAGCUUAUAAAGAGAUACAAGAGAUACAUUUCACAUUUCCCAUGAUUAUCUUUUUUUUAAAGUGCCUAAAUUUGAAAGAGACGAAAAACAUUCUAGCAUUCGACAUGGAUUUAUGUUCAGAAACAUGUAUUUAUAGUCAAACACAUUGCUGUCUGACUUUUAACUAAUAAAGAUGUUUAAAGAUGA